UGUGUUUCUUUUUGCCAGGAAAAGAUGUUUCUCAAAAACUGUAUGCCGUUGCGGAACACGCUGCUUUAAUGGGGACGACCAGAGACCCCAAACAGGAUCGUAUGCAAUCCAUACAGGUGAGUGGUGGUGGAGGUUCGGUCGGUGUCAACAGCACGAUGACCUACUCCACGCUGGGUCCGUGGCAAGGUGAACUUCUCAGAAGCCAGAGCGCCGACGCCGUUCACACUUGCAAACAGGGCCAGGUGCGCUCCAUCCAUUGGCGGCGAGAUCAAACCCGCAGGAUAUGGGCUAGGAGGUAUCAGAAACUCGUUCCAUGUCGACACGAGAAUCGUCCGUUGAUGAAACCAUCAACUGAUUGCCGAAAAACAAGUAGGCGUAGCCAUUUAGGAGAAGAAGAAGAGCCAGAUGAUUGCACGGCCAGAGUAAGUAGCUCUAAAUACCCUGCGGUAGCUAGUGACAAUCGUCAUCAAGAAAUAAGGAUAGCCGCUUCUAAUCAUCAAGAACAAUUUCGCCCACACUGGAACAACAAAGUCCAGUUUGACGAGACCUUCGUGUAUUUAUUUUUCUUCGUGUUCCUCCCUUUUUCUAACGAGCUUAGAAUAUUGGUUUCUUUCUUGAUUAGUAUUCUGUUGGCCAGCUCCUAA